UAAGAGAUGUGAAAAACGUUUGCCGAAAUGAUGCGCCUGCGCAAGAACUGCGCGUCAAGAGUUGCUUUGUUUUUUCCCUCUCAGGAAUUUUGUUUGACUGCUAUUUGCUACUGACAGUGCGCAUGGGGCAUAGUAGUAGCCGGUUAUGGCGGUAGUGUGUAGAUUUUCAUGAGGCGGGGAACAAGCACCAUAAGCCGAAGAGAACAAUCAGAGUCUGAAGCUAUGGCGGGCGUGUUUGAUAUUGACUUGGACCAGCCAGAGGAAAAUGUCUCUGAUGAUGAGCUUGAGGAUGGGACUCGCCUUAGCGAAUGUAUGGAGCAGUCCAGCAGCUUUGAAUUUGACAUGGAUGACUGUGAAAAAUUUGAAAUCUCUGAGGACAGCGUCAACAAAGGCACGGAGCAGAUUCGUCCUGAGUGCUUUGAGCUGCUGCGUGUGUUAGGAAAAGGGGGCUAUGGAAAGGUUUUUCAAGUCAGAAAAGUGGCCGGAGCUGCUUCUGGAAAAAUAUUUGCCAUGAAAGUUCUAAAGAAGGCAAUGAUUGUUCGGAAUGCCAAGGACACGGCUCAUACUAAAGCUGAGCGGAACAUCCUGGAGGAGGUGAAGCACCCGUUCAUCGUGGACCUGAUCUACGCCUUCCAGACCGGGGGGAAGCUGUACCUCAUCCUGGAGUACCUCAGCGGUGGUGAGCUCUUCAUGCAGUUGGAGAGAGAGGGCAUCUUCAUGGAGGACACGGCAUGCUUCUACCUGGCGGAGAUUUCUAUGGCACUGGGUCACCUUCAUCAGAAGGGCAUCAUCUACCGUGACCUAAAACCAGAGAACAUCAUGCUUAAUGACAAGGGUCAUGUGAAGCUGACAGACUUUGGGCUUUGCAAAGAGUCCAUCCAUGAUGGCACCGUCACGCACACAUUCUGUGGAACUAUAGAAUACAUGGCUCCAGAGAUCCUGAUGCGGAGUGGCCACAAUAGGGCGGUGGACUGGUGGAGUCUGGGAGCGCUGAUGUACGACAUGCUGACAGGGGCGCCACCGUUUACUGGUGAAAACCGGAAGAAGACCAUUGACAAGAUUUUGAAGUGCAAACUCAACCUUCCACCUUACCUCACACACGAGGCUAGGGAUCUUCUGAAAAAGCUGCUAAAGAGAAAUGCAUCCCUGCGGUUGGGUGCCGGGCCAGGAGAUGCAUCGGAGGUGCAGGGCCACUCCUUCUUCAGGCAAAUUAAUUGGGAUGAUCUUCUCGCCCGCAAAGUUGAACCUCCAUUCAAGCCUUUUCUGCAAUCGGCAGACGACGUCAGUCAGUUUGACUCCAAAUUCACCAGCCAGACCCCAGUGGACAGCCCUGACGACUCCACUCUUAGCGAAAGUGCCAACCAAGUCUUUCUGGGCUUUACGUAUGUGGCCCCGUCCGUGCUUGAGAACGUUAAGGAGAAGUUUUGCUUCGAGCCAAAAGUCCGCUCCCCACGGAAGUUUCUGGAAAGCCCGCGGACACCAGUGAGCCCCAUCAGGUUUGCUGGGGGUGACUGCUGGCCACGAGGCCCUCCUCUGCCGGGGUCUGCUGCCGCUGCUUCCUCCUCCUCGUCCGCCCUGCUGUCCCCCAGCGGCGAGCAACCCAUGGACGUGUCAGCCGUGGAGCAGAUGGACUUAAGCAACAGCAGCUCCUCCAACGAGGCGUCUGCCCCCCUGCCCAUCCGGAAGCCCCUGGGUGGUGACGUGGGCUCCUUCCGCAAGCAGGCCUACCCCAUGCUGUCCAAGCGGCCGGAACACUUGCGCAUGAAUCUAUGACACACGGCUCAGCUCGGCGCCUCACUCAGCCUGCUGGACGCUCUUAGCGAGUUGCUCUUCCACCAUUUAUUUUUUCUUUUGUUUUGUUUGUUGUGUUUUUUUAACCGGAAGACACUUUAGAGAAUUAAUGAAAUUACCCAGAAGGCCCCUUGUGUGUCGCCGACACCUCCAGCCUCCCUUUUUGUUUUGUUUUUUAUUUUGAACCGACCAAUGAGGAGGCCGUGAAAGGAGGAGCUUCAACGGGGGUGGGGGGAUCUUGAACAGUCUUGCUCCCAUCAUGAAUUGCACGACGAAGGAGAUGUGGCAAGCAAAAGAAGAAGCAGCAGAAGAAGAAAAAAGAAAAACUCCAGCAUGCCACAGACUCUGGGUCUCCCUUUUGCCUUUUGCGCUUUGCACAUGCUGGUGAGGUUUGGCGGACGCCGCUGGACAAAACCCCCGGUGUUCUGCGUGCGUGCGUACGUACGUGCGUGUAAAAAAAAAAAAACUUCUGAUUACUGGUGCUUUUAAAUACUCCGAGAGGCCCAGCCCGGGGCACUCCACACUGCCGCUCCGCGGAAGGCUUUGACGCUGGACGAAACACGCGUAAAUCACUUUGUCAUGAGUCUAUCACUUAAGAACCGAGUGGGGCAAUGGGCUUUUCUAGAAAGAAAAAGAAAGAGGGAAACUUAACACCCCUGCCUUAUUUUGGUUAUGUGGCCUGGGCUAUCAUACUGUAUUUAGUUGAUAGAAAACCUAGAUCAAAACCACAUUUAUUUUUUAUUUUCUGGAAACAUGGACAUUGGUGAGGAUGGAAGACUGUUUCUGGUAACUUUUGACCUUGUUUCAUGCAGUUUCAUCUAAUUGAUUUGCUUUCCAAAUAUUUCUUGAUGGAUUGGACGCGAUCAAUAUGCUUUACUUAUGUUGCUUUCAUUUCUUUAUUUUUCCUUGUUUUUGUAGAAUGUACGCUGGCUUUAAAUACUUUUGACGGUCAUUUGAAAUGAAGACUUGAAAACACUCCCAAACUCUUCGACAACAGUAUUGAGAUGUGCAUGAUUCCCUGGGGAUUCCUUGGGCAGUUCCGCUAGGACUCAUGACUUCUUUCAGAUUGAUAUCUGGGUGACAAACUUAAAAGCUUUCGUAAUUUUAUGUAUAGAAGAAUAACUUUGACAGAUGCGCGCUGGGCUGGUCGAAUGUAUGUGGUCAGUCGACGAGUUCUUGGUUUUGCUUGUGAAAGUGAAAGCAAACACCUUUAUUAUGAGUUGUUGAUAUUGAAUGCUGUAUACCCACAGUUCCUUUAUGAGCCUCAAGGAUUCAAGACUUGUGACUUUGUUUCAGCCUACCUCUCACAUUUCUGUUCCAUGACCUCGUUCUUAGCUACACAAAUAGCUU